AACCUUAACCAUAACUCUUAGCCUGAACCUUUUUAAAAUGUCAACUUCAAUGGGCAGGGACCAUAGCGUAAGGACAUCCGAAUGAUACCAGAUAGCACGGACCGAAGAAGAAGCAGCUCGCAGGGCGUGGUGGGAUAGGAAGACUUUCUCAGUGGAGGACCGAGUACAGUGCCCCAGCUGGCUAGUUGCAGAGAAGAUGGCUGCAGUGUGGAUUUUCAGGCCAGUGUCUGAAAACACUGCACUGUUGGUAAUGUUUCACGACGGCUAGCAUUCGUGUCGCCCCUUUUAUUUAGUCGUUUUUUUUUCUCCCAAGGAAAUCGAAGGGGAUUAAACAUGGGAUCUCAAACUCUACAGAUCCUCAGGCAAGGGGUCUGGGCUUCAAUCACAGGCGGAUGGUACUAUGAUCCCCAUCAAAAUACAUUUGUCAAUGCUCUACACCUCUACCUCUGGCUAUUCCUACUAUGUUUCCCCUUCACGCUUUACAUGGCACUCCCGCCCACCAUGGUGAUAGUAGGGAUCUACUGUGGUGUGAUCGCUGGUAUGUUCCUGCUGCUGAAGACUGUGAACUACCGGCUGCAUCAUGCCCUGGACGAGGGAGAGGUGGUGGAGCACCGGGCCAAGGAGAAAGAGAGCAACAGAACCAGCAGCGAGGGGGCCAACGAGGGAGACGCCACACGUCAGGAGGACAGUAAUGGACCAGGGGACCCUGGUGGGGGUCUAGAGAUGGCAGACUUCAUUCGAGACGAGACUCCACCAGUAGACUGCAGCUCCAGAAACUCUUAUACAGGGAUGGACUCCGGUCACCAGAUUGCGUCCGCCAACGGUCAUGGAGGAACCACGACAGCCAAAGACAUGAUGUCUGACCCAAAGAUUUACUGCCUUGUCUCCAGCCACUCCUUCGCCUCCAUGCAGCCCUCCACCUCCCUUGGCCCCUCCGAGCUCUCCUGCGACCCUGCAAACCAUUGUGGCUCCGCCUCCCACCCCUUCAGCCAAUCCAUGUCCUCUUGCGACACAGAGGGGUCGGCUCACACCCCUGGGUUACACUCCCAGUCCUUCAGGAAGGAGCCUCGUACCCGAGGUCUACCCCGCACCUCCAGCUCUGCUGGAUCAGCCUUCCCCGACCCCUCCCUGCCCUCAGCUGACUUCAGCCUCUACCCCCCUCCUUGGAGAGGGGGCCUGGACCCGGUGUGUGAGCUGGAAGCUGCCAGACCCCGGCGGCCAGGGGCUGAAGCUGGAGGACAGGGGACUACGGAGGGGGCUGCGGCUGAAAGGCUCUGCCAGCAGCAUCCGGACCAGGCCUCUACCUCUGGCUGCUCUACAGCCUGCUACAGACACCAGCAGGAAUCCUGCAGGCUAGGGCUGGCAGGGGAGGGGGGGUCAGGUUUGUACCAGGCCGACCAGGGUGGUGGUGGGGGGAAGGUCAGUGCAGACAGCCUCCGCAGCCUGAGCACACGUAGCAGCGGCUCCACAGAGAGUUACUGCAGCGGGACGGACAGAGACACCAACAGCACCGUCAGCAGCUUCCACAGCGAGCAGACCAGCUCCACGCACGUGGAGAGUUUACUGUCCCUGUCAGGGGAUGAGCAGCGCGGGAUCGGGAGGGAGAGGGGAGGUGGGGAGGCUGCUGCUACUGGGCCCGGGUCCACCUCGACAGGGGAGGGCAGGACUUCUACUCUGGGGUCCAGCCUUGGUUCUAGCAUCUCAAGAGGACUGAACAGCCUGCCUUCCAGGGAGGCUAAUAAGAACCCUCAUGCCAAUGAGCUAACAGCCAAACAGCCCUCCUCCUCCGCCACCUCCCCCUCCAUCACCAACCCCCCAGCCUCGGGCCAGGAGCCUCCAGCAGGCCCCUCCUACAGUAGUAGCAUGAGGACCAGUGCUGACGGCUCGGCCUGCACAGCCAGCAGGGAACAGGACCGGGGGAGAGGAGAGAAAGAGGACGUGAAAUCCGCCAACCUCGUCCAACGAACUUCUUCCUCCUUGGGAGCCGGGCGCAACAGCGGGCGCCGCCGGACCGGUAAGAAACGGGCGAGCAGCUUCGAUGCCAGCCGUCACCGGGACUACGUGUCUUUGCGCGGCAUGGCCAAGCCGCGCAGUGCGGUAUUCGCUGCCGGGGGUGAGGAGGAGGAGUGGAGCGAAGCCAGUGACCUUAGCUGUGCCUCCAGCCUUCAGUCCACCCAAUCACAUCACUUCAGCACGGACUCCUCCUCCUCCACCACUUCCCACUCCUGCCACUCCCCCGAGGGACGCUACCGUGCCCUGAAAGUCAAGCACAGCCACUCCCACACAGCCGCCACCACAGCCUCCACCUCCUCCUCUUCACAGAAAGCCCAGGCUGAAUAUGAGACGGGGGGAGGGAGGGCCGGGGGAAGAGGCAAGCGGCGCACCUCUGGUCGGACACCCAGCACGGGCAGCGCCAAAACCCACGCCCGGGUGCUGAGCCUGGACAGCGGCACGGCGGCGUCCGCCUGCCUUAACGACGCCCACCGCCUGGGGGCCCCCGCCGCCGGGCUCCGACCCCUCACCACCUCCAAAUCUGACCUGGAAGCCAAAGAGGGGGAGGUCCUGGACGCUGCGUCCCUAUUGGGCAGGGCCUCACAGCUGGAGUCAGUAACCAGGUCCAGGAAUAGUCUACCCAGCCAGACAGCCUUCUCUUCAGAGCCCCUGGACACUCCCACCGCCUGCCCUUCACGAGCCCCCGGGAACGAGGACACGGUGACGUUUCGGCGUGAGCGUAGUACGUUCCGUCGGCAGGCAGUGCGGCGGCGGCACAACGCGGGGAGUAACCCCACGCCCCCCUCCUCCCUCAUCGGAUCACCCCUCAGUCUUCAGGAGGCUCUCAGCCAGGCCUCCCAGCCUUCUACUUCCCAGGUGAAAGGUCAGCCGUCCAGAACCCCGUCCCAGGUGACCGUGCUGAGCGCUAGCGCCUCCCUGCUGGCCAGGAAUGGAAGUGCACACCUGGAGGGCUCUCAGGACAAGGCCUCUACCGUAGGCACUACCAGCCUGCAGGAUGACUUCGGGAAGAACACUUCCUCCCUGUACGAGGCGGAAGGAUGUGACAUGUCCCUGGUUAACUUUGAACCUGCAACACGACGCGCCUCCAAUAACAUAUGGGACACAGACUCCCACCUCUCCAGAUCUACCUCAGUUCGCUUUUACCCUCAUGACCUGAUCCGUCUGAACCGUCUCCUAACCAUUGACCCAGAGUUGUUAGAACAGCAGGAUGUCGACCUGAGCCCAGAGCUCCAGGAUGCUCCUCUAGACCUGGAGGACCAAGCCACGGCUGCAGCACACCAGGCCAAACAGCACUACCGCUUCUGGCUGCUGCCUUACCUGUGGGUCGGCCUGCACUUUGACAGACUCACUUUGUUGGCUCUGUUUGACAGAAACCGUGAGGUUCUGGAAAACAUCCUAUCAGUGGUGCUUGCCGUCCUGGUGGCCUUUCUGGGGUCAAUCCUAUUGGUCGGCGGUUUCUUCACGGAUAUCUGGGUUUUCCAGUUCUGCCUCGUCAUCGCCAGCUGCCAGUACUCACUACUCAAGAGUGUUCAACCAGACUCUUCUUCUCCUCGACAUGGCCAUAAUCGUAUCAUCGCCUACAGCCGACCCAUCUACUUCUGUCUGUGCUGCGUGUUGAUCUGGAUGUUGGACUACGUCAGUGACAGAACCGGUUCAGCCCGGUUCACCUUGUACGGUGUCGCCGUCACCAGCUCCCUGGUUCUGUCCUCUGCCAGGGACCUCGUCAUCGUGUUCACGCUGUGCUUUCCUGUCGUGUUCUUCGUGGGGCUCCUGCCCCAGGUCAACACCUUCGUCAUGUACCUCUUUGAGCAGUUGGAUAUCCACGUGUUCGGGGGGAACGCCUCCACCAGCCUUCUGUCAUCGCUCUACAGUGUCCUGCGAAGCGCAGUCACCGUGGCCCUGCUCUACGGCCUCUGCUACGGGGCCCUAAAGGAGACCUGGGAACCUCAGCACAUCCCUGUGUUGUUCUCGUUGUUCUGCGGUAUCCUGGUGGCGGUCUCCUACCAUCUGAGCCGGCAGAGCAGUGACCCCUCUGUCCUGAUUUCCUUGGUGCAUUCCAAGCUUCUGCCCAACAUGAAAGAAAAGAACUCAGAAGACCCCCUGUCUGAGGUCCAGGAUCCUUUACCAGAGAAACUCAGGGGUUCUGUGAGUGAGCGUCUCCAUUCUGACCUGAUCGUCUGCGUUGUCAUCGCCGUCCUCUACUUUGCCAUCCACGUCAGCACCAUGUUCAUCGUUCUGCAGCCGUUCCUGAGCUACGUGCUGUAUUCUCUACUGGGAGCGGUGGGCCUGCUGACACAUUACCUGCUGCCUCAGGUCCGCAAGCAGCUACCCUGGUACUGCUUCUCACACCCACUGCUCAAGACCAGGGAGUAUUACCAGUUUGAGGUCAGAGGCGCGGCCCAUGUGAUGUGGUUUGAGAAGCUCCAUGUGUGGCUGCUGUUCUUAGAGAAGAAUAUUCUGUAUCCCCUGGUCAUCCUCAACGUGCUGAGUGGCAGCGUCAGGGAUCUGGCCAGUCCCAGGAAACUGGACACGGAGGUUGGAGCGUUGAUGAUAACAGUGGCAGGUCUGAAGCUGCUUCGUUCCUCCUACAGCAGCCCCACAUACCAGUACAUCACAGUACUCUUCACCGUCCUCUUCUUCACCUUCGACUACCGCAACCUAUCAGAGACCCUGCUGCUAGACCUCUUUCUCAUGUCCAUCGUUUUCAGCAAGCUCUGGGAGCUGUUCUACAAGCUGUGUUUUAUCUACACCUACAUCGCCCCCUGGCAGAUCACCUGGGGGUCGGCCUUUCACGCCUUCGCUCAGCCCUUCGCUGUGCCUCACUCUGCCAUGUUGUUUGUUCAGGCUGUAGUGUCAGCUGUCCUCUCUACUCCUCUCAACCCUUUCCUGGGCAGCGCCAUCUUCAUCACCUCCUACGUCAGACCUGUCAAGUUCUGGGAGAGAGACUACAACACUAAGAGAGUGGAUCACUCCAACACCAGACUGGCUUCUCAACUGGACAGAAACCCAGGGUCUGACGACAACAACCUGAAUUCUAUCUUCUAUGAGCACCUGACGCGCUCCCUGCAGCACAGCCUCUGUGGAGACCUGUUGCUGGGCCGCUGGGGGAACUACACCACAGGAGACUGUUUCAUCCUGGCCUCAGACUACCUCAACGCCCUGGUUCACCUGGUGGAGAUCGGCAAUGGACUGGUCACCUUCCAGCUCCGAGGACUGGAGUUCAGAGGUACGUACUGCCAGCAGAGGGAGGUGGAGGCCAUCACGGAGGGGGUGGAGGAGGACGAGAGCUGCUGCUGCUGUGAGCCAGGUCACCUGCCACAUGUCCUUUCCUUCAACGCGGCCUUCGGACAGCGCUGGCUGGCCUGGGAGGUGCUGGUCACCAAGUACGUCCUGGAGGGCUACAGCAUCACGGACAACAGCGCUGCCUCCAUGCUCCAGGUGUUUGACCUCCGACGCAUCCUGACUACUUACUACGUCAAGGGGAUCAUAUACUACGUAAUAGCCUCUACCAAGCUGGAGGAGUGGCUGGCCAAUGAGACGAUGAGGGAGGGGCUGAAGGCCUGUGGAGAGAGGAACUACGUGGACCUGGACCCGACCUUUAACCCCAACAUAGACCAAGACUACGACCACCGCCUGGCUGGCAUCUCCAGGGACUCCUUCUGCCAGGUCUACUUGGGCUGGAUCCAGUAUUGUAACUCUCGGCGGGCCAAGCCUCUGGACAGUGAGAAGGACUCUUCCCUGGUGUUGCUGUGUUUCGGCCUGUGUGUGCUGGGCAGGAGAGCACUGGGGACUGCUGCACACCAUAUGUCUAGUAACCUGGAGUCCUUUCUGUAUGGUCUCCACGCGCUGUUCAAGGGAGACUUCCGGAUCUCCUCGGUGAGAGAUGAGUGGAUCUUUGCCGACAUGGAACUCCUGAGGAAGGUGGUGGUGCCUGGGAUACGCAUGUCACUCAAACUACACCAGGACCACUUCACGUCUCCAGAUGAGUAUGACGAGCCGGUGGUUCUUUUCCAGGCCAUCUCGUCUCACCAGCAGAACCUGGUGAUCGCCCACGAGGGUGACCCGGCCUGGCGCAGCGCCGUGCUCUCCAACUCGCCCUCAUUGCUCGCCCUGCGCCACGUCCUGGACGAGGGAACCAACGAGUACAAGAUUAUCGUGCUCAACAGACGAUACCUCAGCUUUAGGGUCAUCAAGGUGAACAAGGAAUGUGUCCGUGGGUUGUGGGCGGGACAACAGCAGGAGCUGGUGUUCUUACGGAACAGGAACCCGGAACGCGGAAGCAUCCAGAACGCCAAACAGGCGUUACGCAACAUGAUCAACUCCUCGUGUGACCAGCCCAUUGGAUACCCCAUCUACGUGUCGCCCCUGACUACGUCCUAUUGCAACUCGCACACACAGCUAGGUCACAUCCUGGGAGGACCAAUCAGCAUUGGCAAUAUAAGGAACUUAAUCGUCAGUACCUGGCACAGAUUGCGUAAGGGCUGUGGAGCUGGCUGUAACAGUGGUGUGAACAUUGAGGAUUCUGAUGCAGGGGGGUUGUCCUGCACCAGUGGUAAUGGGACAGGGCUGAGCGGUGACUCCCAGCAGAGCUCGGUGUCCCAGGGGGGGCUGUCAAGACCGGCCGCUCACCUGGCCUACCAGCCACACAAUAUGAGUGAGCACCACCACCACGUACACCAGGGCUGGGGGACCAGUCAGAGCUCCCAGUCGGUCCAGUCUGGCCUUGUGCACCACUCUCCAGCCCGAGCCUCCGUAACCAGCCAGUCUUCAUCGUACCGCUAUAACAGCAGCCGUCACUCGUCUCUCCGUACCUCAGCCACUGGCCUGGAGCCCUGCCGUCGCUACUCUACCAGCCAACUGUCCCACCGUACCCUCCCCACCUCCCUACAGCUCCGCCUGGGCUCCGGGUCGUCCUCGGACCCCGCCGGCCCCUCUGCCUCGCUCUCCUCCCACAGUAUCCCGCCCUGUAAGAGACACACCCUGGUAGGCCUGCUGGGUAACGACGGGCUGGGUAGUGGCGCCACGGUGGACCCGCUGGACCACCACGUCCCGGCUCUGUCCGCCGUGCGACGGGACGACAUCUCCUACAGAGUGCAGAUCGUGGAUGUGAGCCAGGUGCUGGAGAUCAUUAACCUGUCGAAGCGGAAGGAGCUGCAGUGGCCUGAUGAGACGGUGAGGUUGAGGGCAGGACGCAGCUGCUGGAGGGACUGGAGCCCCCUGGAGGGCAUGGAGGGACAUGUGAUUCACCGGUGGGUGCCUUGUAGCCGUGACCUCACCAGCCGUUCCCAUAUAGACAAGACCAUCCUGCUGGUUCAGGUGGAUGAUAAACUGGUUCCCAUCGUAGAGACUGGGGUCAUAGAGCUGGGGGCCGAGGUCUGACUGAACCACUGGUUCCCAUCGUAGAGACUGGGGUCAUAGAGCUGGGGGCCGAGGUCUGACUGAACCACUGGUUCCUAUCGUAGAGACUGGGGUCAGGUGGAUUAUAAAACUGUCAUAGUCUUGGACUUGGUCGAAUGAGAAAUGCUUGUUUUGAAACCUGGGGUGAAUACGGUCUGCCCUAAUGACUACACCCUAGUCCUCCUGGGAGUAACCCAGUCACGAGUUACGAGGUCAGGGUUCACCUUACUGCAGGCCGAAGAGCAGACCAGCCUGCUGACAGUGAGGAAAGGAAGGGAUCCCCCCCACCUCUCUCUGUCCUCUCUCUUCCGUCCACUCUCCUCUCUGUCUCUGUCCUCUCUCUUCCAUCCACUCUCGUCUCUGUCCUCUCUCUUCCGUCCACUCUCCUCUCUGUCGUCUCUGU